AUGAACGCGCUUGGCCUCAAUCACGGGACCUCGGGCAAUGUCGGAUACAGGGUCGGCGGGCGCUUCCUGGUCACGCCGUCCGGCCUCGAUUACGACGCGAUCACGCCUGCAGACAUCGUGGAUAUGGACUUCGACGGCAGCCACCAGGGCACCCGGCGCCCCACCAGCGAAUGGCGGUUGCACCGGGAUAUCCUCACGACACGGCCGGAGGUCGACGCGGUUCUGCACAGCCAUGCCGUCCAUUGCACCGCGCUCGCCGUGCACGGGAUGGAAAUCCCUGCAGUUCAUUUACAUGGUCGCCGCUGCGGGCGGCACGAACAUUCGCUGCGCGCCUUACCGGACGCCCACGACCCAGGCGCUCUCCGACGUCGCCGUGCCUGCGCUCAAGGAUCGCAGGGCCUGCCUGUUGCAGAAUCACGGCGUCGUCGUCUUGGGCGAGACGCCCGAUGCCUGCGUCAAUCUGCUCGUCGAGGUCGAGUAUCUGGCGGAGCUCUAUUGCCGCACGCUCGCCAUCGGCGCCGCCACCGGCAACGAGCCCAACGUCAUCUUCAGCGGAAGAUGGCCGAGGUGCUGGAGAUCAUGAAGACCUACGGCAAACAGCCCGGCGACGAUCCUCCGGAGGCGUAG